AUGGUCCGUACGAAGCAAACCGCAAAAAAAUCCUUACCAGCUCGGGGAAAAUUAAUGAAACUUCGCACAAAACGAGAUCGAAUAAGUGGUGCUAAGCAUAAAGUUCGUAGUGAUGCUGCUAACGAAAGCACCAUCAAGAAACGACGCUACAAGCCAGGUAUGCGUGCUUUGCAAGAGAUACGGCGAUUGCAAAGAACGGUUAAUUUGCUCAUGCCGCGUGCACCAUUCCAACGUUUGGUGCGUGAAAUUGCAACGAAUGUGUCCGAAAAAAACGUCGAUUUGCGUUUUCAGUCUCUUGCAAUAUCAGCUCUACAGGAAGCUGCGGAAGUAUAUUUGACCUGCUUAUUCGAAGAUACUAAUUUGGCUGCUAUUCAUGCGAAACGUGUUACUAUCUUCCCCAAGGAUAUUCAAUUUGUACGUCGUCUUCGUGGCGAAUUUGCUCGAUUUGGACGUUAA